UUCAGUUUGGACUGGCGCUCUUAUAUAUACAGACAUAUAUUUUCCACGUACAUAUAUAUUUACCAACACACACAUUGAAACAGCAAAAUGACAUCGCUGGAUCAAAAUCGUUUGCAAAACUUUAAAAACAAAGGAAAAGAUCAAGAUGAGAUGCGCCGUCGGCGAAAUGAGGUUACCGUAGAACUGCGCAAAAAUAAACGCGAUGAAACAAUUCUGAAGCGUCGUAAUGUGCCUAACUUCGACUCGAACACAGAUGAGGAUGAGCAGUUGCCCAAUUCGAUCAAUUUGAAGAAACUUGGCCAGGCCGCAUCCGAUCCAUCAAAACCGGAGCAACAGUUGGCUGCAGUUCAAGCGGCACGCAAAUUGCUAUCAUCGGACAAAAAUCCACCCAUUGAUGAUCUGAUUAACAGCGAUAUAUUGCCAAUUCUAGUUGAAUGCUUGAAGCAACAUAAUCACACAAUGCUCCAAUUCGAGGCCGCAUGGGCAUUGACCAACAUCGCCUCAGGAACUUCCGAUCAAACCAAUCAGGUGGUUGCUGCCGGUGCCGUGCCGCUCUUCCUUCAACUGCUUAACUCACCCGCUCCAAAUGUUUGCGAACAAGCCGUUUGGGCGCUGGGCAAUAUCAUUGGCGAUGGUCCGUUGCUUCGUGACUUUGUUAUUAAGCAUGGCGUUGUGCAGCCACUGCUGUCGUUCAUUAAGCCCGAUAUACCCAUAUCGUUUUUGCGUAAUGUCACCUGGGUGAUUGUGAAUUUAUGUCGAAACAAGGAUCCGCCGCCACCAGCUGCCACAAUACAUGAAAUCCUGCCCGCACUCAAUGUGCUGAUCCAUCACACGGACACAAACAUCCUGGUCGAUACGGUCUGGGCCAUUAGCUAUUUGACCGAUGGCGGAAACGAUCAAAUCCAAAUGGUUAUUGAUAGCGGUGUAGUGCCAAAGCUGAUACCGCUUCUGGGUAACAAUGAAGUGAAGGUGCAGACAGCUGCUUUGCGUGCUGUGGGCAAUAUUGUCACCGGAUCGGAUGAACAGACACAGGUGGUGCUCAAUUACGAUGCUUUAUCGUAUUUCCCAGCGCUGCUGUCGCAUCCCAAGGAAAAGAUACGCAAAGAAGCUGUCUGGUUUCUAUCAAACAUUACCGCCGGCAACGAAUCCCAGGUACAGGCUGUCAUCAACGUUGGCCUGCUCCCGAAAAUUAUUGACAACCUGAGCAAGGGCGAAUUCCAGACACAGAAAGAGGCAGCCUGGGCCAUCAGUAAUCUUACUAUUAGCGGCAGACCCGAGCAGGUAUUUACAUUAAUACAAGAAGGGGUCAUACCGCCAUUCUGCGAUCUGCUCUCAUGCCAGGACACUCAAGUGAUCAAUGUCGUGCUCGAUGGUCUCAAUAAUAUGCUCAAAGUGGCCGCAUCACACGUUGAGGAGGUUGCUAAUUUGAUUGAGGAGUGCGAAGGCCUCGCGAAAAUCGAGCGUCUGCAGAACCAUGAGAACGUUGAAAUCUACAAGUUGGCAUACGAAAUUAUUGAGAAAUACUUCACUGAGGGCGAACAAUCUAAUCUGGCACCGGCUUCUGAUGGCACAGAAUACAGCUUCGAUCCCAAUACAGACAAAGUACCAAUGAAUCCAUUCAACUUUUAAUACCAAUGCCUGAUCAAAAACGUAAACAGAGAUAACACACAUCUAAUUUGAUGUAUACCCAAUUGGUAUAUAUAGAGCAUAUAGCAAUUCAAUUUCGAACGAUACUCUGUGCCCAUUUACCAUCUACACCAACAAACUCUGACAGCAAAAAAAAAAUGAAUUAAUACACAUUCUAUAUGACAGCUUGGUUACACACA